GAACGCACUGCGCUGACAGCAACGCUGUUGCGCUCCCCACAGCGCCCGGCGGACGGCAAUCAUGAGUGACCGAAAGGCAGUGAUCAAGAAUGCGGACAUGUCAGAAGAGAUGCAGCAAGACUCCGUGGAGUGUGCUACACAGGCCUUGGAGAAGUACAACAUCGAGAAGGACAUCGCUGCUCACAUAAAGAAGGAGUUUGACAAGAAAUACAAUCCCACUUGGCACUGCAUCGUGGGAAGGAACUUUGGCAGCUAUGUGACUCAUGAGACCAAGCACUUCAUCUACUUCUACCUCGGCCAAGUUGCUAUUCUUCUUUUCAAGUCUGGGUAGAACCACGGACUGGUACUGAAACUUGCACCUGGUUACAGACCUGCACACUGACUCUAAACAGCCUCCUAUCUUCAGCCUUCCUGAGGAAACUGACCUUGAUCUUCAGGUCUUUUGUUGUAUUGUUAAUGGUCAGGGAUCUUGCUGUGGCAGCUGGUAUUUUCAUUGUGGCUAUAAAAAAGGCAAAAGUGUCUUCCUUGUAUUUAUUUUCUGUCAAAAGAUGGCUUCUUUGCUAAUAUAACUCCUGAAAUGUGUUUA